AUGAGCAAUGAAUUAAAGUCUUACACUCGAGAUUUAUAUGGCUUCUGGGAUUGGGCCUCAGAGAAUCUACCAACAGAAAAUGAAGACGUGAACGAACUCGUUCUCUUAUGCAAACAAUUCCUAAUAUACGGGAAUCUUGUAGAUCGUGUAGGGCGAACGGCAGAAAUUUGCGGGAAGAAAGCAAAAGAUUUUAAAUAUAAAAUAGCAGAAGAGUCCUCUCAAAUAACAACAAUAAAAACUGUACACCUAGACAAAUUUAAACUCCCGCCUUCACGAUCGCAAGCUCUUAUCCAGAGACGAAGUGAAAUAGCGUCUGAAAAACAAGUUGAUCUGGAAUCCAAUGCUGUCAGUAGAAUUUUAAAUAUGGAAGUUAGAGCUCAGCUUCCUGCAGAUACUUCUGAUGCACUUUUAUGGAAAAGAAUCGAGCAGGCCAAGAAACUCUGGAAGCUUUUUGAUGCACAUUCAUUCUCUGUUAGCAGUAUUUCAAAAAUGACGUAUGAAGACAUUCAGUAUAUCAUAGAUAAUGUGCCAGUUGACUACAGCAUUAAGAUAGAAUCGUCCACCUGUGCUCAGCCGAAAGACACUUUGUUAAGUGAUGAGAAAAAUUCUGAAUUGUCACAUCCUGAUCUCAGGCAAUAA